GAGGGGGGAGUACUUGUUCUCCCAAGAAUACUCAACAAAGAUUCCACCCUCAUAAAACAUUGAGGAAUAUACAGGACUUUGUUCGAAUCAGGAUAUGUAUGCAGAGAGCGAGAGUGGUUAACUUUUCCUUUUUCUAUUGGUAAUUAAGAGUGGUUUACUUGUUAACUACAGAGAGAUGGGCUUAUUUUGUUGGAAAUUAAAUGUGGGGAUACUUAUCUGUAUGUAUAUAUGGAGAGAGAAACUGAUGUAAUACUAAUGAGAGAGAGGACUAAGAAGUGAGAGCUGUAACCUAUUGUUGCAGCAGAGCUAGUAUCAGAACCUUGGCAGAAGGUCUUUUAACUUUUUCCCUAUUCAAAUAAUUCUCCAUUUUCCGCCCACAUAAGCGUAUCUCUAUCUUUUUCUCCACAUUUCCUUACAUGCAUAAUUAUUUACACUAUUUUUUCUCUCUCACACACUCAGAACACACACUGCAGAGCUCUCUGGCAGAACGAUGUGAUUGAACAUCAUAUCAAGCCACAGCCUGCUCUUCCUUCUACUGUCACAUUUUUCGACAUCUUUUAGUAAUUAUAUUCCCUUCUUCCAUCUCUCUUUCUUUCUUUCCUACGUUGGUGAAUCCUUUACCUCCAUCCUCUGAUGCCAGUAUUGGAGCUUUCACCUUUUUAAAUCACAUUCCAUUUCAUUUCUGACUGUUUUUAGGUUGAGGUUUCAUGACUGGAAUGAGUUUGCAUUUAUAGUUGUGAUUAUUUUUCUGUGAAAUGGUUAAUGAGAAGUGGGCUAUGGCUUAUUCUUGGGAAAGAAUCAUUCUUGUUGGAUUUCUGGCAGUGUGCUUGAACUUUGCUUCUGUGGAUUGUGAUGAUGGGACUGUUUUGCUGGAGAUAAAGAGGUCAUUUAGAGACGUUGAAAAUGUGCUGUAUGACUGGAUUGACUCGCCAUCUUCAGAUUACUGUGCGUGGAGAGGGGUGACGUGUGAUAAUGUCACCUUCAACGUGGUUGCACUUAAUCUCUCGGGUUUGAAUCUUGAUGGUGAAAUUUCACCUGCGAUAGGCCAGCUUAAAGGGCUACUCUCCAUUGAUCUAAGGGGAAAUCGGCUCUCCGGACAGAUCCCAGAUGAGAUUGGGGACUGCUCAGCUUUGAUAAGCUUGGACUUGUCAUUUAAUGAGCUCUAUGGAGAUAUUCCCUUCUCAAUGUCAAAACUGAAACAACUUGAGAAUUUGAUUUUGAAAAAUAACCAGUUGAUUGGUCCGAUCCCCUCAACACUCUCUCAGAUUCCUAACUUAAAGAUUUUGGACUUGGCUCAGAACAAGUUGAGUGGGGAAAUACCGAGAUUAAUAUAUUGGAACGAAGUUCUACAAUAUAUUGGGUUACGGGGUAACAACCUACAAGGUACUCUCUCUCCUGAUAUGUGUCAGCUGACGGGGUUGUGGUACUUUGAUGUCAGAAAUAAUAGCCUGAGUGGUUCAAUACCUGAAAGUAUUGGCAAUUGUACUGCAUUCCAGGUUCUGGACUUAUCAUUUAACAAUUUUAGCGGUGAGAUACCAUUCAACAUUGGAUUUCUCCAGGUUGCUACCUUGUCAUUGCAAGGUAACCGGUUUUCUGGGCAAAUUCCAUCAGUUAUUGGCUUGAUGCAAGCACUUGCAGUGUUAGAUCUUAGUUGCAACAUGUUGGUUGGAACAAUCCCAUCAAUACUCGGAAAUUUAACGUACACCGAGAAGCUGUAUCUGCAAGGAACAAAGCUCCACUAUCUGGAAUUGAAUGAUAAUCUUCUGACUGGGCAUAUCCCACCGGAACUUGGGAAGCUCACAGAUUUGUUUGACCUAAAUGUAGCCAACAACCAUUUGGAGGGGCCUAUACCGGAUAAUCUUAGCUCCUGUACAAAUCUAAAUAGCCUCAAUGUGCAUGGAAAUAAAUUGAAUGGGACCAUUCCUCCUGCAUUCCAAAGGCUGGAAAGCAUGACUUAUCUGAAUCUGUCCUCCAAUAAUCUCAAGGGCCCCAUUCCGAUUGAGCUAUCACGCAUUGGUAAUCUCGACACUUUGGACCUCUCAAAUAAUAGGAUCAGUGGUUAUAUGCCGUCCUCUCUUGGCGACUUGGAACAUCUCCUUAAACUGAACUUAAGUAAUAAUGAUUUGAGUGGGCUGAUACCUGCCAAGUUCGGCAACCUGAGAAGUGUUAUGGAGAUAGAUCUUUCAAAUAACCACCUUUCAGGUCCAAUUCCUGAGGAACUUGGUCAGCUGCAAAAUGUCUUCUUGCUGAAGCUGGAGAACAACAAUAUAUCUGGUGAUGUGAUGUCGCUGUCCAGUUGCCUCAGUCUUACAGUUCUGAACGUAUCGUACAACAAUCUUGCUGGUUAUAUUCCUACAGGAAACAACUUCUCAAGAUUUUCACCAGAUAGCUUCUUAGGAAAUCCAGGCCUUUGUGGUUACUGGCUCGGCUCGUCUUGCUAUGCCCCUCGGCCUGCUGAGCGAGUUGUAAUAUCUAAAGCAGCUAUACUUGGAAUUGCCCUGGGCGCCCUGGCAAUUCUUCUUAUGAUUUUAAUUGCAGCUUGCCGGCCGCACAACCCAAAACCCUUUAUAGAUGGGCCACUUGACAAACCAGUUAAUUACUCAUCCCCAAAGCUCGUUAUCCUCCACAUGAAUAUGGCACUUCAUGUAUAUGAAGACAUUAUGAGGAUGACAGAGAACCUGAGCGAAAAAUACAUAAUUGGUUAUGGAGCGUCAAGCACUGUCUAUAAAUGUGUUCUCAAGAACUGCACGCCUGUUGCUAUUAAGAAACUCUAUUCACACCCUCAUUGCCUGAAAGAAUUCGAGACAGAACUAGAGACUGUUGGGAGCAUUAAACAUCGUAACCUAGUCAGCCUCCAAGGUUACUCCCUUUCUCCAACUGGGAAUCUUCUAUUUUAUGACUACAUGGAAAACGGAAGCCUCUGGGACCUCCUUCAUGGAACUACUAAGAAGAAAAAGCUUGAUUGGGAGACGCGUCUUGGUAUUGCACUGGGUUCCGCACAAGGGCUUGCAUAUCUGCACCAUGAUUGCAGCCCCCGCAUAAUCCACCGAGACGUGAAGUCAUCUAACAUUUUACUUGACAAGGAUUAUGAGGCCCAUCUUACUGAUUUCGGCAUAGCCAAGAGCUUAUGCCCAUCAAAAACCCAUACAUCGACUUAUAUAAUGGGAACCAUUGGUUACAUUGACCCUGAAUAUGCACGCACUUCUCGCCUCACAGAGAAAUCUGAUGUCUACAGCUAUGGAAUUGUUCUUCUGGAGUUGCUUACUGGAAGGAAAGCAGUGGAUAACGAGUCGAACCUCCAUCACCUGAUAUUAACCAAGGCCGCAAGCAACGCAGUGAUGGAUACCGUGGAUCCUGAGAUCCUUGAAACAUGUAAAGAUCUUGGAGAAGUGAAGAAAGUUUUUCAGCUGGCUCUUUUAUGCACCAAGAGGCAACCAUUGGAUAGGCCAACGAUGCACGAAGUAGUUCGAGUCCUUGGAACACUUGUGCCUCCUCCGGAAGCUAAAUUGUCGACCCCCACAAUCUCGGCUCAACUCCAAUCUGCCAGAGCCCAAUGUUACAUGGACGAGUACGCAAAUCUCAAGACUCCUCACUUGGUCAAUUGUUCAUCCAUGAGCACAUCAGAUGCCCAACUUUUCCUCAAAUUUGGAGAAGUUAUUUCUCAGAACAGCGUUUGAAGUAGAAAAGACGUGGAAAUUAUUGUACAAAAGUUGUAGCAGCAGCAGCAAUUGUUGUAGUGAGCGCAGCCGAAAUAGACAGGCUUGUGUUGGCAGCAGAAUUAGAAGCAUGUGUAUUCUCUGUUACUGUUUGAAAUUUAUGGUGUUUAGAGGCCACUUUUUCUCCUGCUGGAAAUGGACUUCCUGCCUCUCUGAGUUUUGGCUCACACUUUUAGGUACUUCACUCUGUACAUUGCAAUAAUGCCUUUCAUUCUGCGAUCAGUAUGUAUGGAAUUCGACAAAGAUUUCAUGUAAUUAUAGUGCAUAAUUUUUUAGGCCAA